AUGCCGCCAGACCCAGGUAUAGAGGCUACUGCUCUAGGUGCUAGUGAGUCUGCUGCCCUAGGUGCUGGUGAGUCUGCUCUCUCUGGUGCUGCGGCCCUGCACACCUUCACGCUUGACUCGGGUGCUUUCCGCUGUUUCUUUCGAGACAGUACCAUAGUCACGCCGCUCUCUGCACCUGUUGCUGUCUCUUUGGCUGACCCCUCUGGGGGCCCAGUCCUUGCACGUUCCUCCACUGUUCUGCCUUGUCCGGCUGUUCCGUCGCUGCCUCCCCCCCCGCCCUUGCCUGCCCCUCCCUGCCUUCCCUGUGUCGAGGGGCGGCAGCGCGCCGCUCCUCUCUCCUCCUCGUUCCCCCCAACAGAGGCUCUCCUGCAGACUCUCCACCUGGACAUGUGGGGCCCAGCCCACCUCCGCGAGCGGUUCGAGACGGACCUUACAGUUCUGCAUCUGCACUCUGACAGAGGUGGUGAGUUUUCCUCCGACCUCUUGCGGGCCUUCUGUCGUGCGGGGGGCAUUCGCCAAACGUUCACGCUUCCAGCCUCUCCGCAGCAGAAUGGGGUUGCUGAGCACCGCAUUGGCUUAGUCAUGGAGGUCGCUCGUACCUCCAUGAUCCAUGCAGCUGCCCCUCAUUUUCUGUGGUCGUUUGCAGUCCAGUAUGCCGAGCAUCAGCUCAACCUCUGGCCCCGUGUCUACCUCGCCCACACUGCAUUGGACGGGGGAGGUUGGCGAUGCGCGCCUGGCUGGCAGUUAUACCACCCCACCUCGCGCCGUGUCCUACCCUCUCAGGACGUCACGUUUGACGAGCUGGUUCCCUUUUAUCGUCUCUUCCCCUACUGUACUGCCCCUCUCCCUCCCCCGCCGCUCUUCCUCGCACCACGUCCUCCUCCGGUAGAUCCCCUUCCCCCUCAGGGUCCUGCUCCCUCAUGUGUGUCCCAGGUAGACUCUGUUGAGCCGGUCGAGGUCACUGUCGACUCUGGUGCUGCUAGAGGUGUUGUGCUUGGGGGUGCUGAGCCUGCGGGUGCGGGGCCUGGGGUUGCUGGGCGUGAGUGUGCAGAGCCAGGGGGUGCUGAGCUUGAGCGUGCGGAGCUUGGGGGUGCUGAGCCUGGGGUUGCUGAGUCUGAGGGUGCGGAGCCUGGGGAUGCUGAGCCUGCGGGUGCGGAGCUUGGGGGUCUUGAGCCUGAGCGUGCGGAGCCUCGAGGUGCUGAGCCUGGGGUUUCUGAGCCUGACUGCGCGAGUGGUUUGCUCGGUGCUGGAGCCUUCGGAGUGGUGCUGCUAGAGACAGAGCUGCUAGAAGUGCUGGAGCCGCUAGCCCCGGAGGCACUCGUACUGGAGGUACUUGAGCUGUUGGAGCUGGAGGUACUGCUGGAGCUACUGGAGGUGUUGGAGCUGCUGGAGCAGGAGGUCCUGCUAGUGCUUGAGCCACUGGAGGUGCUGCUGGAGCUGGAGCUGCUGGAGGUACUGGAGCUGCUGGAGCUGAAGGUGUUGCUGGAGCUGGACCUGUUGGAGGUACUGGAGCUACUAGAGCUGGAGGUGCUGCUGGAGCUGGAGCUGCUGGAGGUGCUGCUGGAGCUGGAGCUGCUCGAGGUACUGGAGGUGCUGGAGCUGGAGGUGCUUCUAGAGCUGGAGCUGGAGUUGCUGCUAGAGCUGGAGCUGCUGGAGAUACUGGUGCUGUCGGUGCUGGUGCUGGAGCCACAGCUACUACCAACCUCCCCGCUGCCUGCUCCUUCUCCUUACACUAAGCAGCCCGGAGGUCUUAUUGAGCGUCAUGAGCCUGCGUCUCGUCCUGCCUCGCCUGUUUGCGCGCGUCGCACUAGUAGUCGUGUUCCGCGUCCGCGUCCUCCUCCUAUCCCCUGCACGCACCAGAUGGCACUUCGUCCUUCCUCUAUUCCACUGCGUGUCCCUCUGCCGUCUCCUCCUACGUCCUCCCUUGCUGACGGUCCAGACCUUGAGUCUGACUCACUUCGUAGUGCUAGCCCUACCGUCACGUGUCUGCCAGCUACUGUUGUCGCUGACCCUUCCUUUGAGUCCACUGCUGCGUCUACAUUAGCUGUUGAGCUUGUUGACUUUGCUGCUCGCUGUCGUCUCGACUACGCCGCCAUUCUUGUUGCUGAGUGA